CAAAGAUAAAAUUAUUCUGAAAGCAUUGCAAGCGUUAAGUCCCAUACAACAUAGACUUUCAAAGGAUGUUUUAAAGAUGCCUAGAGGACAUCCUAUGAAAGGAUAUCCUAAGAUAGUGUUUCUGAAACAUUCCUCGGAUAAAGUGUGCUGUAUGAGGUAAAACGCAGUCAUAAAAAUUCAAAUAGAUGUGAAAAGAUCUUCAUGUGGAAGAUGUAAGGAGAUGCCGUUUUAAUUACGCAUUUAAAUUUUAAGCAUGGGGAAUGCAAUUUCUGAUUAAUCGCAACGCAAAUACGAAUUUAAAAGUUAAAAUUAUGGAUACUUGUUCAUAAAAAAAUAGUUGUUUACAGCAUUUUAUAUAACUAUGCAACAUCACGUGUUUGAUUUUCCCGAUCACAUAAGAUUUUUUUAGAGUAAAUAUUAGAAUAUUAACUGUAAAUAUUGAUUUGAUCGUAGAAUAAAGCAAAAAUUUAUAACGUGUUAGUUCGAAUAAUUACUAAUAGAUGUCUCUAUCUGUAUGAUAUUCAGCGGAGUAAGUUUACGUCUGCGCGCGAAUAAUGUAAUCUAACCUCAAACUGAUAUAAUUUACUUUUUCCAGCUUUAUAUAUAAGCGAAUUAUUAUCAAAAAGUGUAUUGUCAUUCAAUACCUGGAUACAUUUAAUAUUAAUUUAAAUUUUUUUAUAAAAAAGAGUUAACUAAGGAAUCAAAAUCAAUAUGUUAAAAAAUAUAAAUGAGUCUCGUAAGCAACAAUUGGAAGAGUUGGAAAGUUUUACUAAUGCAAUCAAUGAAAAAAUCGCCAAUAUCGUUGAAACUCUAGGUUGGACAGUGGAAAGCGUGACGAACAUGGUAAAUGACAAGGAGUAUCUUACAUGUCCGUAUGACCCAUCUCAUCGAUUAACAGAGAAAUCCCUUAAUGAUCAUCUUGCUUCUUGCCAAUGGAAAGCUGAAGGUUAUGGAAAACUGGAUGUCCCAUUAUCGGAACCAUUUUUCCCAACGGAUUCACCAUUAUGUAUAAAGAUUGAUAAGCAACUGCAAGAACAAAUUCUCAAGAAGGCCAAAGAACAGAAUCCAGCAAUGCAAAUUGCAAGUUGUGAUUGUUAUACUUGGUGCAGAAUCAAUAUAUCCUUUUACAUAUUUUUUAUUGGAUAUUUCAUAACUAUAUAUUAUAUAAGAUAUAUUAUAUUUGUAAUCUAACAAUUCAUAUAAUUUUCCUAUCUGCUAAUUAAAAAUAAUUAUAUAUCUACAAUUUAUAAAAAUUAAAAAAAUAGCUUUUGUUAUAUAUUAAUUGUUUUACAAUUUUAUAAUUUUGAAAAAUGUGAAUUCUUAACACCAUAAUAGGUAUGGGUGAGCGGUUAGUACCGCGUACGUCUGAUAGGAUUGUCAUAGAUUUUACUAGAGAUGAAAGGAAAGCGAUAUAUGAC